AUGAAGGUUUAUCUACAACAUACCCUUUUGGGACUGAGUCUAUCAGGCCUGAGCUUAGCUGGUGUCGCAGGGAGAGACGUCGAGGUGAUACGGUUCCACAGCCCCGGGGGUGUAACCGCCGACUCAUUGCACAACAUCCAUGUAGAGUUCCUGGAUGAACAGUUCGAGGGUCAUCUGCAGCUCGUCUACGGGGACUGCGGGAUCCAAGAUCCGACGCAGAGUCACCAUGAGAUCGGGAGCACGUUCGUGAAACGUGAAGCGAAACCGGAACGAUUCGUAUGGACCACACCAUCUGACGCACCCCAUGCACACUGCUUGCAUGCUUUCUCUGGACCGACCCUUGUGGGCCGCUCUUCUCCCAUCAUGGUCUCAUCAGUAGUCAAGAAGCGCGAGAGCAUCGCCGAUGUGGCAGAUGCCAUGGGUCCGUGGUUUGACGGAGUCGCUUACAUGAAGUCAAAGAAGAACAACAAGGCAUUUGUCUCCAAAGCCAAGAAUACCUCGGUUGCCAUUCUCGGCGGUGGAAUGUCUGGCUUGAUGACGAGCUUGCUGCUCGAGUCUGUUGGCAUUCACAACUGGCACAUCUACGAAUCGUCCGGGCGCGUCGGCGGUCGCAUUCGUACCAAGUACCUCAACAACACAAGACCCGAUGAGUAUCAAUACCAGGAGAUGGGACCGAUGCGAUUUCCUGUAAGCAUCACCUAUGCUGACACAAGCGAGACACUCCAAAUCCAAGACCAUCACAUGGUCUUCCAACUAGCCAAUGUUCUCAACAAGAUGAAUACACACAAGCCAGAUCUCCAGGUCAACUUUAUUCCCUGGAUCCAGAGGAGUCCCAAUGUCCCCGCAGCCUCUGGCGGUAACCGUCUCUCAAACGGCCGCAUCCCCAGUGCUGCCCAGGUCGCCGCAAAUGCAUCGCUGGUUAACACGGCCCUAUAUUCCAAUGCAACAGCCGUCGCAGAGGCAAAAUCCGCCUUCGACAACUACACCACGAUCAACGAUAGGGAAACCAUUCGCAGACUGGCAACAAACAUGUAUCAGGCUCACAGGCAAGCCGUAGAUGAUGGCAUGUUCCACUGGUCCGAAGCCGGCUACCUGCGAUAUGCCAUGGGCUACGACGCCAACCUCACCGACUACGUAGCGGGCACUGAAGUCUCGCCAAUUUGGGGCGCCUUGUACGACGAUGUCUACUUUGCAGCUACCGAAUGGCGCACCAUCGACAAGGGUCUCGAGUCACUCCCACGAGCAUUUUACCCACACGUCGCAGAGAAAACCACCCUCAAUCGCACAGUACAGGGACUGAUCUACAACGAAACAACCGGAAAGGUUGCCGUCGCGUGGCGAGACGACCCAUUCCAGAUGAUCCCAGAAACCAAGGAAUACGACUAUGCCAUUGUCGCCACCCCAUUUAGUAAAGUGCGACUGUGGGAUCUACCGCGGUACUCUUCGCUGCUCAGCCGCGCGAUCUCAUCGAUGAAUUACGAACCUUCCUGCAAGAUGGCCCUCCUCUACAAGACACGCUUCUGGGAACACAUGGAAGAGCCAAUCUUCGGCGGAUGCGGUUCAGUCGACGUAUCAGGCGUCGGGAAUGUCUGCUACCCAUCCUACAACAUGAACGGCACAGGACCAGGAGUGAUCCUAGCGUCUUAUAUCUCUGGCACACCGGCUCGGUCAACAGCCGCUCUGAGCGAAGAGGAACACGUUGCGCUGAUCCAGCGCACGAUGGUGGAAGUUCAUGGAGAAGUUGCAGCAGACCAAUUUACAGGCAUCUACAAUCGACAAUGCUGGGAGUUUGAUCAACACCAGGCGGGAGCCUGGGCUAGUCCGCUUGUUGGACAACAGGAGCUUUAUCUGCCUGCUUACUACCAAACGGAGUUUAAGACCAUCUUUAUUGGAGAGCACACCAGUUAUACUCAUGCUUGGAUUUUCUCAGCGUUGGAUUCGGCUGUUCGGGGGACGACGCAGUUGUUGCUUGAUCUCGGGCUUGUGGAUGAGGCUAAAGCUGUUGUCGAGACUUGGAUGGGGAGAUGGAUUAAGCUGUGA